AAAGAAGGGGGGACCCCGGACGAUCCCCGCUGAGCAGCCCCCUGCUCCCCAGUGAGGACACCCCUUGGAGCGAAGGGGUCGGUGACCUUCGAGGAGGUGGCUGUGUAUUUCACCCAGGGGCAGGGGGCUCUGCUGGACCCCGCUCAGAGAGCCCUCUACAGGGACGUCAUGCAGGAGAACUACGAGACGGUGACCUCGCUGGGAUACCCCGUUCCCAAACCUGAGCUGAUCACCCAGCUGGAACAAGGGGAAGAGCUGUGGGUCCCGGAUCUCCAGGCCUCCAAGGAAGGGGAGAUCCCGAGAGGCGCCCGCACAGCAGGUGAAACUACAGUGCGUGAGAUCAAGGAAGAGACUCCACAGCAGGAAAGUCCUGAGCAACAGGAACUGCAUAGGAUGUUAUCAGGAAGAUCCAAAGAGAAUUUUUCCCAGAGCGCUGAACAGGGAAAAGUCUGGGGCAAUCAGCACAAGUCAGAGAGGCACAAAGGGAAAGAAGUGGGUAAAGCCAUUAAUUGUAGGAGAGGAUGCAGUAAUCCCAAGGAAACCACAGCCCAACAGAAAAUCCAGACAGAAGAGAGAAAGUACACGUGCACUGAAUGUUGGAAAAGCUUCAGUCGUAGUUCAAACCUCAUUGCCCAUCAGAGAAUCCACACAGGAGAGAGACCCUUUAAAUGUACCGAGUGUGGGAAAAGCUUCAUUCAGAGAGUAAACCUCAUUUCUCAUCAGAGAAUCCACACGGGAGAGAGACCCUAUAAAUGUACCGAGUGUGGGAAAAGCUUCAGUAAGAGAUCGCACCUGAAUACACACACAAUAAUCCACACGGGAGAGAGACCCUAUAAAUGUACCGAGUGUGGGAAAAGUUUCGGUCAGAGAUCACAGCUUAAUACGCACAAAAUAAUCCAUGCAGGAGACACAUCCAUGAUAACUCACGCCAGAGAAAAACAUUAUACGUGCUUGGACUGUGGGGAAAACUUAAAGUGGAGCUCAGAACUUGUUACACAUCAGAGACUCCACACAGGAGAGAUCCCUUAUAAAUGCUUCGACUGUGGGAAAUGUUUCAUGCGGAGUUCAACCCUUAUCUUACACCAGAGAAUCCACACGAGAGAGACACCCUAUCAGUGCCCCAACUGUGGGGAAAGAUUCAGAUGGAGUACGCAGCUUGUGAAACAUCAGAUGCUCCACACGGGAGAAAGACCCUAUAAAUGCCCCGACUGUGGGAAAAGCUAUAGUGACAGCUCAUCCCUUAUUUCACAUCAGCGAACCCACACAGGAGAGAAGCCCUAUACCUGUGUGGACUGUGGGAAAAGUUUCAAUCAAAACUCAACCCUGAACAGACACAAGCGGCUCCACACGGGAGAAAAACCCUAUAAAUGCACUGAGUGUGGGAAAAGUUUCAGUCAGCGCUCAAACCUCAGUGUGCAUCAGCGGCUCCACACAGGAGAGAAACCCUAUAAAUGCCCCGACUGCGGGAAAAGCUUCAAUCGGAGAUCAAACCUUAGCGUGCACAAGAAGCUCCAUGCAGGAGAGAAACCAUUCCGCUGCGCCGAAUGCGGGAAGACCUUCAGCCAGCGGUCCAACCUGAUCCGGCACCAGCGCCUCCACGCCACCGACAAGCCCCACAAGUGCCCCGAGUGCGAGAAGAGCUUCGGCGAGCCGGCGGCGCUGGCCCGGCACCAGAAGUCCCACGCGGCCGGGAAGCCCUUCCAGUGCGGGGACUGCGGGAAGGGCUUCAACUGGAGCUCCCACCUGGAGCGGCACCGACGCAUCCACACCGGCGAGCGGCCCUACGAGUGCGGGGACUGCGGGAAAGGCUUCAGCGUCAGCUCCCACCUGGAGCGGCACCGGCGCGUCCACACCGGCGAGCGGCCCUACAAAUGCGAGGAGUGCGGCAAGCGCUUCACCGUCAGCUCCACCCUGACCCAGCACCGCCGGGUCCACGCCGCCGACAAGCCCCACCGGUGCCAGGACUGCGGCAAAGCUUUCGGGCUGGGCGCUGCCCUCCUGGCCCACCAGCGGAAGCACCGGGGGGAAAAGCCUUUCCAAUGCCCUGAGUGUGGCAAAGCCUUUGGCUUCACCUCCCACCUGGAGCGGCACCGGCGCGUCCACACCGGGGAGCGGCCCUUCCAGUGCGACGACUGCGGGAAGAGCUUCAGCCGCAGCUCCCACCUCUACCGGCACCGGCGCGUCCACACCGGGGAGAAGCCGCGGAAAUGCGCCGACUGCGGGAAGAGCUACCACCUCAGCGCCGCCACCCCUGCCCCGGCGCCUUCAGGCUGCGCGGAUAAACCCCACAAGUGCCCCGAGUGUGGGAAGGGCUUCGGACAGAGCUCCUCGUUGGUGAAGCACCAGCGGAUUCACACCGGCGAGCGGCCCUUCCAGUGCGGCGAGUGCGGCAAAUGCUUCGGCUGGUGCUCGGCCCUCAUCAAGCACCGGCGCAUCCACACCGGGGAGCGGCCGUACCGCUGCGGCGACUGCGGGAAGGCCUUCAGCGUCAGCUCCCACCUGGACCGGCACCAGCGCGUCCACGCAGGCGACAAGCCGCACCGCUGCCCCGAGUGCGGGAAGGGCUACGGUGAGCCAGCGGCACUGGCCAAGCACCAGAAAUCCCAUGCUGCCGGGAAGCCCUUCCAGUGCGGGGACUGCGGGAAGGGCUUCGCUUGGAGCUCCCACCUGGAGCGGCACCGGCGCAUCCACACCGGGGAGCGGCCCUACGAGUGCGGGGACUGCGGGAAAGGCUUCAGCGUCAGCUCCCACCUGGAGCGGCACCGGCGCGUCCACACUGGCGAGCGGCCCUACAAAUGCGACGAGUGUGGCAAGGCCUUUGCCGUCAGCUCCACCCUGGCCCAGCACCAGCGCGUCCACUCUGGCGGCCGGCCCCACCGCUGCAAGGACUGCGGGAAGCGGUUCGCGGCAGGGGCCCAGCUACUGGCCCACCAGCGGGCCCACCGGGGCGAAAAACCCUACCCCUGCGGCGUCUGCGGCAAGAGCUUCGGCUUCAUCUCCCACCUGGAGCGGCACCGGCGCGUCCACACGGGCGAGAAGCCGUACAAGUGUCCCGACUGUGGCAAGGCCUUCAGCCGCAGCUCCCACCGCAACCGCCACCAGCGCGCCCACGCUGCUGCCACCCAACACCGGCCCUUUAAGGGAGGGGGUGGGGCUGAGGCGGAGAAAGACUCCGCCCCCUCUGGCCCGGCCAAAGCACAGAGAGGCCCUGCCGCCGCCGCCGCCGCCGAGGCUGCCCUCUCCCUCCUGCCAACCUGGUGGGGGGAAGGGGAGAGGAGGAGCAGCCAGCCCCCGGCCUGGGCGGAGGACGCCACAGCAGCAGCCGUGCCCUUCCCCCACACUGCCGGGGGGCUGCGGGGAUGGGGCAUGAAAGCCUUCCCUGCCCCGGACGUGGCUCCCACCCCGUGGCGGCUGGGGGAUGGUAGCUCAGGCUGGGCGUCCGCCCUGCCCCAGGAGGCCUGGCCCCAGCUGCCGCCUACUUCCUAA